CUUUACCGCUCUCACCGCUCCCACCGCUCCCACCGCCCCGCUGACGCGCAGAGCUCCGGCCGCUGAGCUCAGACCUGGACACGUUCACAGGACUCAGACAUGGAGAAAGAUGCGAGACCCAGUUGGGACAACCCCAUGCAGUUUGUGCUGGCGUGUGUGUCGUAUGCAGUUGGACUGGGGAACGUGUGGCGGUUUCCGUACCUGUGUCAGAUGCACGGUGGAGGGGGGUUCCUGAUUCCUUAUUUAAUCAUGCUGUUUCUGGAGGGCGUGCCCUUGUUCUACCUGGAGCUUGCCAUUGGUCAGAAGAUGCGUCUUGGUAGCAUUGGAGCGUGGACUGCCAUCAGCCCAUAUUUGGGAGGAGUGGGUCUUGCUAGUGUUGUGACUUCCCUGUAUCUGUGUCUCUAUUACAACAUCAUCAAUGCAUGGAGUUUCUGGUACCUCUUUCAUUCAUUUCAAUCCGUCCUGCCCUGGGCCGAGUGCCCCGUCAACUCCAACCGAACAGGGCCCAUAGAGGAGUGUGAGAGGGCCACGCCCACCCAGUACUUCUUCUACAGGGAGACACUGGACAUUUCUUCUUCUAUUGAAGGGAACGGAGGUGUUCACACGGGCCAGGCUCUGUGUCUCAUGCUCGCUUGGGUCAUUACUUACCUGUUCAUUGUCCGAGGGGUAAAGUCAACUGGAAAGGUGGUGUACUUCACAGCCACCUUUCCCUACUUGGUCCUCUUUAUCUACCUGAUCCGGGGCGUCACGCUGCACGGGGCCAUGAAUGGAGUCAAAUACAUGUUCACACCCAAGAUGGAGCAACUUGCCGACCCCACCACGUGGAUCAAUGCAGCCACUCAGAUCUUCUUCUCUCUGGGUCUGGGGUUCGGGUCUCUCAUAGCCUUCGCCAGCUACAACCAAUACAACAACAACUUUGAGCAUCAGGCCAUCGUCGUCUCCCUCAUCAACAGCGGGACCUCCAUCUUCGCCAGCAUUGUCACCUUCGCCAUCUACGGUUUCAAGGCCACCAUCAACUAUGAGAACUGCCUGGAGAGGACCCGCAUCCUGCUGCUGAAUACCUUUAACCUAGCAGAGGACACCAUCACCAUGGACACGGUCUUUGAAUGGACUGAGAAGCUGAACGCCACGUAUCCGCAGCAGUUUGCUGAGAUCGCCAACAAACUGGAAACCUGUGACCUGGAGAGUGAACUAGACACUGCAGUGGAGGGGACAGGUUUGGCCUUCAUAGUGUACAGUGAGGCCAUUAAAUACAUGCCAGUGUCCCAGCUGUGGUCAGUGCUGUAUUUCGUUAUGCUGCUGCUGCUGGGGAUGGGCAGCAUGCUGGGAAACGUCACCGCCAUCAUCACCCCGCUGCGAGACUUCAAGAUUGUGUCCUGCAUGAGCAACGAGUUGUUCAACGGUUUAGUGUGUCUGUUCUGUCUGCUGCUCGGCCUCGGCUUCACCACCCCCUCAGGGAACUACUGGUUCACCAUGUUCAAUGACUAUGGAGCCACGUUCUCCCUGCUCUUCAUCGUCCUCAUCGAGGUCAUAGCUGUCAGUUACAUCUACGGGAUUAGAAGGUUUGAAAAAGACAUAGAGGACAUGCUCGGUCAUCGUCCCAACUGGUACUGGAAGAUCAUGUGGGGGUUCACGAGUCCUAUUCUCCUUAUCGGCCUCUUUAUCAUCUACAUCGCCAAGUACAUCCAGGGCGGGACGCCCACCUACCAAGCAUGGAACAAAGAGCUGGGCAAGUCAGUGGUGACGGAGUAUCCUGUCUUCGGUCAAGUCUUCAUCGGCCUGCUGCUGGUGUCGUCGGUCAGCUGCGUCCCCCUCACAGCUCUGUACGUCUUCUGCAGGAAGAGGAAACGCGGGAACCAUCACAAGUGGGAGCGGAGCGUGAACACGGUCUCGACUUAGUGACAGAAGGCGACGGAGCCGUCCUCCAGCUGAACUCGGCAGCAUCACUCAUCUCCUGUUAACAUGGAGCGACUGUGGCAUGUGAUCAGCUGGUGUCUGUGUUUUCUUUCCACUUUCUUCUUCUUCACUGUCACCAAAUGUCUCAUCAUUGAAAACGUUUGGAGCUGAUCUCACCGAGGAGCAGGAGACACGUCUGCUCCUUUAAAAACUAAACCUGGCUUCUUCCCAGUGAAUGUAUUAUUGCAUAAUUUCUCUCAGUGUUAAA